GGUGGAGCCAGGCAGCCCCGCCCGAGCCGUCCGCCUCCCAGCGCGUGCAAACUAGUGGCAGUUGGCGAGCCGCGGCUCGGCUCGGCGCGGUGCCGCCGGCUCCAGGCGCCUCAGCGCGCACCCAUGCCCAGGCUCGGCGGCGCCAGGUUGUCUUCUGAAUUUUGUGUCUGACGGUACCCUCUUGCUUUCUCACCAAAUCAUGGACAUCGUUGGCUUUCUGAAGUCUCAGUUCAUUUGCCACCUGCUGAUCUGCUACAUAUUUAUAGUGUCAGGACUGAUCAUUAACUUCAUUCAACUCUUUACACUUAUACUUUGGCCUAUCAACAAGCAACUGUUCAGGAAGAUCAACUGCAGACUGGCUUACUGCAUUUCAAGCCAGAUGGUAAUGUUACUGGAAUGGUGGUCAGGCACCAAUUGUACCCUCUACACUGAUCCAGAGAGUUACCACAAGUACGGGAAGGAGAAUGCCAUCGUAAUCCUUAAUCACAACUUUGAAAUAGACUUUCUCUGUGGCUGGAAUUUCUGUGAAAGAUUUGGAGUCCUGGGGAGUUCCAAAGUGCUGGCAAAGAAGGAGCUCUCCUACAUGCCUAUCAUUGGCUGGAUGUGGUAUUUCCUGGAGAUAGUCUUCUGCAAGCGUAAGUGGGAGGAAGAUCGGAAAACAGUCAUGCAGAAGUUGCUGAAUCUCCGGGACUACCCUGAAAACUUUUGGUUCCUGAUUCAUUGUGAGGGCACAAGAUUCACAGAACAGAAGCACCAGGCUAGCAUGCAGGUGGCUGAAGCCAAAGGCUUGCCAAAGCUCAAGUAUCACCUACUGCCACGAACAAAAGGAUUUGCUGUCACUGUGCAGUGUUUGAGAAAUGUAGUUUCAGCAGUCUAUGAUUCUACCCUCAAUUUUAGAAAUAACGAGAAUCCAACAUUGCUGGGCGUUCUAAAUGGAAAGAAAUAUCAUGCAGAUUUAUAUGUAAGGCGGAUUCCAUUAGAAGAAAUCCCAGAAGAUGAGCAGGAGUGUUCUAAUUGGCUCCACAGACUAUAUCAAGAAAAGGAUGCAUUCCAGGAAGAGUACUACCGAACAGGAACCUACCCAGCAGUCCCUAUAGUACCACCCCGACGACCAUGGACGCUUUUGAAUUGGCUUUUCUGGGCCUUAUUGCUGCUAUAUCCCUUAUUCAAGCUGCUCGUCAACAUGAUCAACAGUGGAUCAUCACUAACAUUGGCUAGUUUUGGAUUUGUCAUUGUAAUGGCUUCCGUUGGUGUCAGAUGGAUGAUAGGUGUUACAGAAAUUAACAAGGGCUCUACCUAUGGCAACAAUGACAACAAGCAGAAACAAAAGUAGUAUCUUCAGAGACUGCUUCAACCCAAAGGGAACAAAUGCAACCUCUGAAAACUCUUAAGUGCAUAUCAUGGUCCUUCAAGUGAGGUCAAAGGAAGGGUAGGAUGAGCAAUUGCCAUGCAUAUCUGAAUUUGCAGUCCUGUUAUUUUUCUCCUGGGGAUUGGGCUGGAUUAUGCUCUUGAAAGAGGGACUCCUUCGUACACUCUUCCCCAAGAGGUCUGCAUUUGUUUGGUUGGUUUGUUUUCAUAUAAAGCGUCUUAAGUUUUGAAGAGAAAACAUUCAGUGUGCUGGUACGAUGAGACUCGACCCGGAAACUAACUGACGGUUGCUGAGGUAUGGGCUUUAUCUUAACUUGCUCUAAGGAAGGGAUAAAUGCCAGAAGAUUGCUACAAGAUGAUUAAAACUGAUAGCUGUCUAGCUCACACGUUAGCAGUUUAAAAAACAAUAAUUUGUCAGUGUUCAAAUACAGUAAGAUGCACUGCUUGGUCAUACCAGUAUUGCAACUCUACUGAACUGACAGGAGUGCAGUAGAGUUUUUUUACAUCUAGAAUUUAUUCCCCCAGUGAGCACCACAUCGGCCCUAGUCAGACUGGCUAGGGGCCUGUUGUUGGCUCAGAGCCUUGCAGUGGCACAACCUGGAGUGGAAUUUGGACCUGUGGCCUGAGCAGAGAGCUAAGCUACCCCCCAUCACAAAUUUCCCUACGCAAUACUUAGCGGUAUAGCUGAAACUUCUGAGAAUAAAUGCCAUUCAUAGUUUGUAAAAAGAAAAAUAGCUAACAAAUUACUUUCAGCUUUAAACACAGAUUCAAAUUCUAGGCCUUCCUAACAGCAAUGGAAACAGAAAACAACUGGGCGUGCUGUAACGAAGUAAUACAAAGUGUUUGUUAAAAGUUACUGCCCCACACCCCUACAUUGUAAACCUAAUUAAUCUGCUUGUCUGUCUUUUCUGAAAAAUUACUUUAUGUAGUGCCUCUUAACAUUGUCUGAGGUAAUAUUUAAAUUAUCUUCUGCUUUUCUUUUGGGGAAAAAAAAAAGGCAAGUGGGAGAAGGACCUAGGACAGAGGUAUGGCUUGCAGUUUUUUAUGCCUGUACGGAGUUUACUGACAUCCUUCUCAAUUAAAUAAAAGUAGGAUGAAGUCCGCUGGGAAAACUGUGCUUCUCUCACGUCCCUAGUACUGAUUGCUGGGUGUCCUCCUCUUCGUUUGUUGUUGUUUUGCUCUUAAGAGAGGAGACUUGCAACUGCUAUCAGUUAAGGGAACAAAACAACAAAAUUUUAAACCCGAAAGAUAUCGAUACCAAGCAGUGGGGAGUAUUCUUGGCAUGUUCAGUGUUACAUUUUCAUAGAGUUCUAUUUUUAGCAGCUGGUAAAGAUCAUUUAUCUUUUGUUAUAAUAAAACUGAAGCCAGAAGCAACAGAGGCUAAUACAACAGUGUAUGAAUCAUUCCAUGAAAUAUGCAUUUGCUGUUCGGUACCAUCAGAUCAUCAAGAAAGUAAUCCUUCAAAUAGGCAGUAUCUAAAGAGCAGCUGCAGUGGUGCAUUUAGCAUGUGGCAGUAACUAGUAUCUGUUGAGAGUGAAUGCAGUUAGUGAGAAGUAUGAUAUGAAGGAAGAAAUUGGCCUUGAGUCUCGUGAGGGUCUCGUUUUGUAGGCUUUUGUCUCUUGUGUGCAUGCAUUCCCUAUGCUCUGAAGCAUUCUGGAAUAAGUUGUAUGAUGUGUCAAAAAAUAAUCGUGGACUUUGGUUUAUUUUUUGAACAUACAAAAUGUAGCCAGAGCCCAGAGGAUACUGUUAUGCUUGUAAAGCUAUCAUCUCUUAAAGCACAUGCACCCAUAUUGGCUAAAACAAUCUUAACAGUGGAAAACACAAUUGUAAUGGGCAGUGUGUACAUCUGAAAGACUACAAUAAUGCAUUAGGUGUGGAAGUGAGCCAGCCCUGAAGAUACUGUACACAAUUCUUUGCAAAUGGGUGGGAAGGGAAGAGAGAAAACAUCUCUUCAAGCUAGCAUUUCAUCAUGGUAGAAUGAACCCCACAGGUAGGUGAAAGUAGUUCUGAGCAGCAAAUACAUAUUCGUGUGAUAAAGAUUAGCUCUUCUUUUUCCCCCUUUUUAAAGAACAAUUGACUUAACAUGCUGAUAGAAAGACAUUUAACAUCCCUUAUCAAUCUUACUCCUUUUUUCUGUAAAUGCAUACAGUACUGCUUCUCCAAGAGGAAAAUACCAAACACAUAAGUACUUCUCAAUGAGCAUUUAGAAUAUUUCAUACAGAUUUCUCUUGGAGCAGACAUCAUAACAGGCCUAGGGCCAAAGACGCCAGUCCUUGGAUCCUUCUGGAAGUCCCAGCAGACAAGGGCUGCAACCCAAGGUACUUCUAAUGUUCACUGGCCAACAGAGAAGACUUAUUGUACUUGCCAAAGGUAAACUAGCCCUGUUCACUGUAUUAAAAGAAUGACGUAUGUCAGUAGGAAUCAGUGUUUGCCCUUCUUCAUCACAAACAACUGUAUGGUCUACAACUGCCUUAACAAAAGUAGUCUUACAUUUGUUUAUACAAAAAAAAAAUAAAAAUAUAAAAAGCUCAA